AUGGAGCGCGCGACGCGGCCGGGGCUGCUCGGCCUGCUGCUGCUGCUGUUGCAGCAGGCGGCGGGAAGCGCGCAGCAGUUGCAGCGGCUGCAGCAGCUGCAGCCGUUGCAACCGUUGCAAUCGUUGCAAUCGUUGCAACCGCAGCAGCGCCCCGGGGCCGCCGCCGAAGUGACGGUGGAAGACGCCGCCGGGGACCAGGAGCCCGAGGACGAGCCGGACCCGAGGCCGAGCAGCAGGUCAUUAGUAAUCAUCAGUACUCUGGAUGGCCGCAUCGCUGCACUUGAUCCCGAGAAUCGUGGUCGGAAGUACUGGGAUUUAGAUGUGGGAUCUGGUUCCCUGGUGUCCUCUAGCCUCAGCAAACCAGAGGUGUUUGGGAAUAAAGUGAUUAUUCCUUCCUUGGAUGGAGACCUCUUCCAGUGGGACCGGGAUCGGGAGAGCAUGGAAGCGGUUCCUUUUACGGUUGAAUCUCUGCUUGAGUCAUCUUAUAAAUUUGGAGAUGAUGUUGUUUUGGUUGGAGGAAAAUCUCUUACUACCUAUGGCCUAAGUGCAUAUAGUGGCAAGGUGCGUUAUAUUUGUUCAGCAAUGGGUUGUCGCCGUUGGGAUGAUGAUGAAAUAGAACAGGAAGAUAUUCUCCUCCUUCAUCGAACACAAAAGACGGUCAGAGCUGUUGGACCCCGCAGCGGCAAUGAAAAGUGGAAUUUCAGUGUUGGCCACUUUGAGCUGCGAUAUGUAUCAGAUGUGGAAACACGAGCCGGAUUUCUUGAAAGUAAUUUUAAAUCUGGUGUAAACAAAGAGGAGUCUACAAUAAUUUCCGACGUGGAAGAACAAGAAGCCGUCAUGAAGGACACGGUGAUAAAGGUCUCAGUUGCCGACUGGAAGAUUAUGGCUUUUAAUAAGAAGGGAGGUCAUCUGGAAUGGGAAUACCAGUUUUGCACGCCAAUUGCGUCUGCCUGGCUGGUUAAAGAUGGGAAAGUCAUUCCGAUCAGUCUUUUCGAUGAUACAAGUUACGCAUCGGACAGCGGAAUCCUAGACGAUGAAGAGGACAUUGUGGAAGCUGCCAGAGGAGCCACGGAGUCUAGUGUCUAUUUAGGAAUGUACAGAGGCCAGCUGUACCUGCAGUCAUCAGUCAGGAUUUCCGAAAAAUUUCCCACCAACCCGAAGGCUUUGGAAUCUAUCAAUAAUGAAAAUUCGAUCAUUCCUUUGCCCACCAUCAAGUGGAAGCCUUUAAUUCAUUCUCCUUCCAGGACUCCUGUUUUGGUGGGCUCUGAUGAAUUUGACAAAUGUCUUAGCAAUGACAAGUUUUCUCAUGAAGAGUACAGCAAUGGUGCCCUCUCAAUUUUGCAGUAUCCAUAUGAUAACGGUUAUUAUUUACCAUACUACAAGAGGGAGAGGAGCAAGCGGAGCACACAGAUCACAGUUAGGUUUGUUGACAACAUGAACUACAACAAAAAUGUGCGUAAAAAGGAUCCUGUCCUCCUGCUACACUGGUGGAAGGAAAUAGCUGGCACCAUUCUGUUUUGCAUCAUAGCAACGACUUUCAUCGUGCGCCGACUCUUCCAUCCUAAUCCUCACAGGCAGCAGCGGAAAGAAUCUGAAACCCAGUGUCAGACUGAUAAUAAAUAUGAUUCCAUAAGUUGUGAAAUUAGCGACAGUAGCUGGAGUGACGUUAAGACCUCUGGAUAUGUGUCAAGAUACUUAACGGAUUUUGAACCAAUCCAGUGCAUGGGCCGCGGAGGGUUUGGAGUGGUCUUCGAAGCUAGAAACAAAGUAGAUGACUGCAAUUAUGCCAUCAAGAGGAUCCGUCUCCCCAAUAGGGAUUUGGCCCGCGAGAAGGUGAUGCGAGAAGUUAAAGCUUUAGCUAAGCUUGAGCAUCCAGGAAUUGUGAGAUAUUUCAAUGCCUGGCUGGAAGCACCGCCUGAAAAAUGGCAGGAAAAGAUGGAUGAACUGUGGCUGAAAGAUGAAAGCACGGACUGGCCUCUCAGCUCACCCAGCCCAAUGGAUGCACCAUCCGUUAAAAUCCGGAGAGUGGAUCCCUUCUCCACAAGAGAACAUGUUGAAAUCAUAGCCCCUUCACCUCAGAGAAACAAAUCCUUCUCUGUGGGGAUUUCUUGUAGCCGAUCAAGUUCCUCAGAGAGCCAGUUCUCCCCCCUAGAAUUCUCAGAAGUGGAAAACGGCAGCAACAGCGAAUCAGAAGAUCCAGGAUUCAACCUUCGGGACAGCUGCCUCGCCGACUGCGAUGUUGAAAAUGGCACUGUUGAUGGGAACGAUGAAGGGCACUCUUUUGAACUUUGUCCUUCAGCAGCUAGCCCCUACGUGAGGUCAGGCGAGAGAACCUCCUCUUCCAUUGUAUUUGAAGAUUCUGGUUGUGACAACACAUCCAGCAAGGAAGACCACAAAACCCUGGCGUUGCAUAAUGGCAACCGCUAUCCUGAUAGACUCAGUGAUACAAAAGACUCUCCUUCUGAAAGCCUCCUGUCCAUUUCUCCUCCAAGACCGACGACCUUAAGUUUGGACCUCACCAGAAACGUUGCGGAAAAACUUCAGCCCAGUUCACCGAAGGUGUACCUCUACAUUCAGAUGCAACUGUGUAGGAAGGAAAACCUCAAAGACUGGAUGAACAGACGGUGCAACAUCGAGGACCGGGAACGGACGGUGUGCCUGCAGAUCUUCCUGCAGAUAGCAGAGGCUGUUGAGUUUUUGCACAGUAAAGGCCUAAUGCACAGGGACCUCAAGCCUUCCAACAUAUUCUUUACAAUGGAUGAUGUGGUUAAAGUUGGGGAUUUUGGACUGGUGACUGCUAUGGACCAGGACGAGGAAGAGCAAUCGGUUCUUACCCCGAUGCCAGCGUAUGCCCGACACACUGGUCAAGUGGGAACGAAACUAUACAUGAGCCCAGAGCAGAUUUGUGGAAACAGUUAUUCUCAUAAAGUGGACAUCUUCUCAUUGGGUCUGAUUCUGUUUGAAUUGCUCUACCCAUUCAGCACUCAGAUGGAGAGAGUCAGAAUUUUAAGUGAAGUAAGGGAUCUCAAAUUUCCACCACUCUUUGCAACAAAAUACCCUCAAGAGUACACGAUGGUCCAGCUCAUGCUUUCUCCAUCCCCGACGGAGAGGCCGGAGGCUACAGCUAUCAUCGAAAACGCCUUAUUUGAGGACCUGGAAAUCCCAGUCAAGACAGUGCUCAGGCAGAGGUCCCGCUCCCUGAGUUCAUCGGGAAUGAAGCACUCGAGACAGCCGAGCAGCAGCUGAGCCAGGCAGACAAAUCGGCGUCGGCAGGACCCACGAUUUGGAAACGAGGGCCUCGGUUCUGGGUUCCAUCUGACCUAUUCCCGUAUGUCAAGUGUCGCUCGAAUGGUCAGGCAAAGAUAAGCCGAGAAAGCGAGGGGUUUUUCGAUCUCGCUACGCCAACGACAGGGGAUGACUAACCUUUUUCUGAAGCUGUCCUUUUGCUGCUUUGAUGUCUGAAGGACUGUGAGCACGUUGUUGGGUAGGGACCGUCUCUAUACUUGUACUUUCCAAGGGCUUAGUACAGUGCUCUGCACACAGUAAGCACUCAAUAAAUACGAUUGAAUGAAUGAAGGAUGGCCACUCAAGCCCUCCGUCUGACUCCCCCGGCCUCCUUUUCCUUUAGCCUCUCUUUGAAGCUCUGGGAUCGUCACUAAUGCCAGGUGCCUGGAGCGCUGGAAUAGAUCCCUAAAGUGUAUAUAGAAUUCAACUAUUUUUCUAGCACAGAUGACAGCCUCAAAGCUUGGUGGAUAAAAUGUCCUAGGAAAUGCCCUCCGAAGACAUGAGGAUGAGCGUGAAAGCGGCUUCUGCCAAGCUGACUCCCUUUUCAUUGUUCCCGGUGGGUGAAUUUGGAAUCUGCACUAUUUUAAAGGGAGAGUAGCACAAAUGUAUAUGAAUCUCUAUCCAUAGGUAGUUUUUUAGUGGUAUCUGUGGUCUAUAUUGCCACAAAUCGGAAGGUUCUAGGAACAUUUAAAUGCAUUCUGUACUCUGUCCCCUAGUUGGGGAAAUGAAGUUUUGGAUGUAAUAUGGCUAUAGAUACUGUAAAAAAAACACAGAAACCUUAAGAAAUGAAGUUUAUACUGAAAUCUUACAAUUAGGGGAUUUUUAAAACUUGAGUCAUAAGUGUUUUACAUAAUCUUGUAGACUUAUUUUCCCAAAACUGAUUGUAAGCAACUGUUUAAUCAUCUAACUGAAUGGUCUAAUUUGCUUUUAUUUUCCACUGUAAAUAUGUUCAUUUUUAUUUAUAAAAAUGCAGAAUCAAUCCGUUUGGGUUGGUGGUGUACAGGACACGCUUAAGUGUGUUAACUACUGUGACUUCUUUCAAGUCUAAAUGAUUUAAUAAAACUUUUGUAUUUAA